AUGACAAAUAUCGUAAAAUGUCCUUUAAAUGAUUUUCAACAUAGUCAAAUAGCAAUAGUAUGCGAUAAUGGUUCUUAUUCAUUGAAAGCUGGGUUUUCCAAUGAAAAUUUUCCACGAGCAAUAAUUCCAACUAUAGUUGGAAGACCUAAAAAUAAAAAAAUAAUUUCUAACCCAGAACAUGAAGAAAAUAUUGUAUUUUCCGGCGAGUCUGCCAUAAGAAAUAAAGAUAUUUUGGAUACAAUUUGUCCAAUACGUAAAAGUAUAAUUUGCGACUGGGAUGCAAUGGAACAAAUUUGGUACCACAUGUAUUACGAAGAAUUAUUGGUACCACCAGAAAAUUAUAAUAUUUUACAUACAGAAGUGGAUAUGAAUUCAAAGCCAUUGCGUGAAAAAAUGUUUGAGACUAUGUUCGAAUUAUUCAACGUACCAAAGACAGCAGUGAUACCAAAGUCGGUCCUUGCUUUAUACAGUAGUGGCAGAACUACUGGCUUGAUGGUAGAUUCUGGAAACGACUACACACAAGUAAUACCUAUUUUCGAUGGAUAUCCAUCGCAUCACGCCGUACAAACAAUGUCAGUCGGUGGUUGGCAUAUAACACAAUAUUUGAUGGAAUUAUUAAAUCAACGUGGAUACAGCUUUGACUCUUCAAAAGAUUUCGAAAUUCUAAACGAUAUUAAAGAAAAAUUAUGUUAUUUUGCUUUGAACUUUAAAUUUGAAAAAGAUAUGUAUACGAAAGAAAAAGAAAAAGAAUAUACUCUCCCAGACGGAAUGGUGAUCAAUGUCGAAAGCGAAGCCUUUCAAUCGACUGAAAUCUUGUUUGAUCCUCUUUUGUUCAACAUUGAAUCAAAACUAGGAGGUAUCCACAACUUGAUAUAUAGAUCAUGCAGUGCUUACGAUUAUAAAGGACAAAAAACUAUGUUCAACAACAUCAUAUUGGCUGGUGGUAAUACGAUGUUUCCAUUUCUGCCCAUUCGUUUGGAGGAAAUGGUAGCUAAGUUAGUCGCGUCUACUAUCAAAGUUCAAAUUAAAGCGGACCCCGGACGUAAAUAUUCUACAUGGCUCGGUGGUGCUGUAUUAGCUUCGAUGCCCAGCUAUCAGCAAAUGUGGAUCAGCAAGGAAAUGUACGAAGAAAAGGGGGCUGCAGCUUUACACGACUGCAAAAGCUUAAUUUAA